UCAUCCUCGAGCCUCUUCGGGCUCUCUACGCGCGCCGCGUCCAUCCUUCCUCGCGUCGCGAUUAACCGCGAGAACCACCGGGUGAAACACUCUCUCAACAGCAAUACAUUCUUUUGUUAGAUUAUCUGUCGUUCCUCUGCGCAACGUCUCCGUUCUCUCUUGUCCAAGGAACCUAAGAAAAGGGAACGUUCUCGUUUACACAUACAUGUUUUGACUUCGCCUGUAAGCGUCGUAUACGCCUCUGUGUAUACAAUAGGCAACGUGCAUGUAUGCAAUAAUGUAUAUGCAUUUAUGUAUCCAUGCAUGUAAACGCGAGGGUGUCCGCGUAUGUGUGAUUCCAAUGUGGCGUGAUGAGCCGAUUUAGUUUACUCGGAUUCAGGUGGUUUCGUUCUCGACUCGGACUUCCGUGCUUCAUCCGUCGCACGGUUAGUUCGUCCGUGCUUCCUCUGUUACGGAGUAUCUUAGUGAUUUGUGACCAUUAGGAUAGAAUGAAAGAGAAUUUUUUCGAGAAUCUGUUUCCUUUCAUGGAAGGAGUUUGUUAAUAAAGUGGAUUAGGAAUCGGUCAUCGAUUGUUGUGACAAUUGUUCCAUCUCCCGUCACACUUCUAUGUAACAAAGAACAGUGAAUUAUUACUUGUCGAUGAACCUAUUGAUCAUGAUUCAGUAUGGAAGUUUGUCAUGAUAUUCCUGGCAGAAAUAUUGCCCUGAAUCAUUUAGUAGUUCCUUCGUCUUCGAGUGUCAGCGCCAAUAAGACACGAAUGGAAUCUAAAAUAACUCCGCUGUUUUCAUUGCUGGUCCAAAAGUUGAUCGAAUUAUUAUUAGAUUAGGAUUUUUCUGGCCAUUGUGCAAUAAUAAUAUAAUGGAGCUGCAAGGGCUGUGUCGCGAUUUUUUCCCGCAGAUUCGAGAUUUUGCCAGUUAAAAUCAAUAUGACACUCUUACAAAAGAACACCGAUUUUCAAUCAUAAUUGUAAACUCACUCGCGUCAACUGUAUUUGAAUUCGGCGUUUGGUAUGUGUAGGUUUGUGUGUGUAGGUUUUUUAUUCGUUCUCUAAAAAAAUUUCUAGUCCGUCGCAUAUUUUUACUGUCUAUGGAAAUUCGAAUUUCUCCGUCGAUCUCCAACGCAAUUUAGAACGAUCAAACAGUAAUUCGUCUGACAUCGGGAAACCGUUGGGAAGUGUCAGUGUCCGGUCAAGUACAAUUUAAAUCUUGUACCCCAAGAAUCGGGUGACGCACACUCGAAGAUAACGUCGAGUUCUCAAUGACGGAGUGAAACGUUUCGAAGGACUAACGGUCAGAGUGAAGUGGGACCGCGAUUAAACUCGCAUAGGGAGUCGAUCAACGACACGAAUGGGGAGCGAAGAAGGAGACGGUAUGCCGAGUGUAGAUGCGACCGCUUCUUGGCAACAAUAUUACACCUGGUGCGGCCCGUACACGCACCCACCGCAUUCCCAUUCGCACCCUCACGGUCCGUCGACGGGCCAGCAGCCGCAUACCAACGGUCCGCAUCCACACUUUCACCAUCAGAGUCAUCUUAAUCAGUACCAGCCGAGUCAGUACCAGCCAGAGCAGCAGCAACAGCAGCAGCAACAGCAGCAAUCGUUGGGAGCAUCUACCGCGAAUGCGUCCACCCACUAUCCGACCCCUCAGUAUCACCUGCAGUUACAACCCUCCCAGACGCCACCUCUGCACCAACAGCAACAGUUUCAUCCUGCUAGGAGCCAGUCGGCGCCCAGGAGACCUCCUUAUGACCGAACAGGUGACCCCAUGAUAACAUCCUCUCUGAAGGGGAAACAAGGCAAAGAUGGACCAGAGGAGAAGAAGGACGCGGACGGAGAGCUGUGGGGCAACGUGGAAGCGCAGGCCGCCUUCCUCGGCCCGAACCUCUGGGACAAAACUCUGCCCUAUGAUGCCGACCUGAAGGUAUUGAACCAUUACGUGGAUCUUGACGAAUUUCUAUCUGAGAAUGGUAUCCCCGUGGACGGCGUGGCCGGCGGCGGUCAGGGCACGAUGCAGAGCGGGCAGCUGCACAAGAUGAACAACACGGAGACGGCCGGGCACCAAGGACCGGCCGGACUCCAACCGGUCACCAAACGCGAGAGAUCACCCUCGCCGAGCGAGUGUUGCUCGCCCGACACGAUGAACCCUCCCUCGCCCGCCGAUUCCACGCUUUCGAUGGCCUCAUCGGGGCGAGACUUCGAUCCACGCACCCGGGCCUUCUCCGACGAGGAGCUCAAACCGCAACCGAUGAUCAAGAAGUCACGAAAGCAGGAUCCGGCGAUGACCGCGCAGUUCGUUCCGGAUGACCUGAAAGAUGACAAAUACUGGGCGCGUCGUAGGAAGAAUAACAUGGCAGCGAAACGAUCACGGGACGCACGCCGCAUGAAGGAGAACCAGAUCGCUCUCAGGGCCGGCUUCCUCGAGAAAGAAAACAUGGGCCUGCGGCAGGAGCUGGACCGGUUAAAGAACGAGAACAUGCUGCUGCGCGACAAGCUGAGCAAAUACACGGACGUGUAACAGUACGCCGACCAGCAGCAACAGGCAACGGCUCGUCGCGCUAUCAAAGAAGAUGCAGACACGAGCGUACGUUGUGCCAGCAGCAGCAGCAGCAGCAGCUCCUCCCACACACACACCAAUAGUCGCAGCACUUAGGUUUUCUUCUUCGCCAGUCCGGACGAAAGAAGAAUUGAUUAAUUAAGAAAAAGUAACAAAAAAAGAAUACGUGAGAAGAAGAAGGAAAGGAAGAAGCGCGCCGAAUCGCAAGACCACCCCCUCUCCGUGAAAUUUGUAAAACCCAGACGAAUCCCCUUUCGAUUCCAGUGGACCCGAACCUAAAGGAUAGAACGCAUUCUGUUUAAAUAAUUUCAUCCAUCCUCUUCUCAGUUCCGUUCGCACGCGCGUACCCCCAUAUUUCUCUCGAUCCCGUUCCCUCUUUCCUCCCUCUCCCACGGACCCCGUGAAAAUUCAUGGACUCCCUGAUUUAAAAGAAAAGUGUACAUAGAUAUAUGCAUAGUUAGAUUAUAUAUAAUGUAUGUAUACACACGCGUUUUACGUACACGACCGGAGUGCGUACGUGUACGUCUGUCUGUAAGUGUGACUCUGUGCGCGCCUGUACGCAUGCACACGUGUACGUAUUUUAAGUACGCGUAAACGUGAUUUGAGUUCGAGAUUUGCACGCUGGAUAGAAAGAAAGAAGAACGGUUGUCACGUGACACGUGAACAAGGGCGUCGACGAAACUUUCGGACGCGUGCGGAGGAUCGAUGAAAAUCGAGCAUUCGAGGAUAACAGUUCGGCAUCUCCGUUCCAUUGAAAUCGAUCCUUCAGAAACGUUUCACGUUUGAUCGACGCCUCGUGUACAAGAAACGCGUUCGCGAUUUAUCUAUACGCGGUGGCGCCCGCUCAACGUUCGAAACGUGGGCACCGCUAGGACUCAUCGUGAUUUCGAUCAGGCGUUUUGAAAGCGUGAGCAUUCGGCAUAAGUUCGUCGAUACCGUUCGGGUAUCGUGAAUGUGAUGGUCAACAUUAAAGUGAUUCCAUUAUUCUGGGACUUGUCUAAUAGGAUAUCGAUUCCAAUAAUCGUCAAAGCGUCGAGCGAGUCAGCGUACCGAUGUCCCAUUUUUGAUCGGGUAGAUAAGAUGCGCCACGGUGAGCGGGUACCACUGCAAAAACGCGGAGAGACACACGCAUACACGUAUACACGCGGGACAUGAUCGGUGCGCGUGCCAAUUGAAUAAUGUAUAAAACGCGAAUCUGAAUCGCUGUCGGGUGCGCAGGUAAGUAUUCUCCUCCGGACACCUAUCUAUGAAACUUUUCCUUCGCGCCGGGCACGUCAAUCAAUUCGAUCGAGACUUUCCAUCGAUCGCGUCGUCGCGCAGCUUCGAAAGUCAUUCUGUUUCUCUUUCGACUUCGAGGAUUCGCUUCUUUCCUAGUAAUCUUAAAAAUUCGCAUAUGAAGAAUCGUGUCGGUGCAAUUUAUCGUUCGAUGUAAGAAUCUGUAAUAUACGUUUAAAAGUGUCGAUACCAGUUGAACACCCUAGGAAAAUGAAUUUAUUUUUUUAAAGUAAUUCGAAUCGAUGAAUUAUUUAACGAAUCUCUACGAUGCAGCGUUACAAGCGUCGAAGUGCUGGAAACGAGAUCUUCGAACAAAAGCGUGUACGAACAUUCGGCACGCGCACCAAAAUCAUCUGAUCAGUGUAAUCAACGAAAGAUAUUACGUUAUAGCAGACAUGCGCGCGAAUAAAUGAUAAAUAAUUGGGAACGAAAACCGCGAGCGGUCCUUAAACCGUUAGUCACGUGCUGGCUCCGAGUAAUUCAGUUCGGUUCUUGCACGACGCGGCCCCACGUCCAAUCGCGGAUACUCUGCUAAUUUCGAUCGGUCCACCCUCGAGAAAUCCUGAUUAAUAUUUGUAUUUAAAUAUGGUUUUGUAAUAAGAUCGUGUAAAUACUUUUCAAAGGAUUCAUCGCGUUCUCAUAUUCCGAUAGCGGGUGAACCAGUUUUCUUCACAAAUAUUAUUUGUAAAUUAGCGAACGAUCUUUUGAUUUUAUAAAAUCAAUAUAAGAUUCAUUUUGCCAAUUGAAAAUCAUUCCAUUAUGGUACGGAACGUACAGUGUCUGCCUAAUCCUGAAAGUAUCCGUGAUCGGACGGUACGUUGGGCGUAGAAAGGUGGAUAAAAUUAGAGAAGAGAAAAUAAUAAGUUCGGAGAACGACGCUUUUCUGCGCACGGACUAGGAUCCUAGUUCUCUAAGAAACGUUUAAUUACCGUAGCGUAUCCCACAAGUGGUGAUGGUACAGAUACACACAAACACACAUACACAUACAAGUGAUUCUAGUUGUUUCUAUCGAGUAAGGUAGAAGAUCAAGUGCUUCUUUUCUUUUUCAUAACGUCUACGAUCUAUCCUCAAUCUCUCUUUCUCUCUCUCUCUCUCUCUCUCACUCUCUGUCUCUCUCUAUCUCUCUGUUCAUACUUCUCUCGUACCGUUCUUUCUGUCUCUGUAUAACGUCUCGUUUCGUUGAUCUACGGCGCUCGGUCGUAUGCCACUCGAUGACGAUGAUGAAUCGCAUUUCGUUGAGCGACGGAUAGAAGGAAUUUGGUCGCUCCCGAUGCGGGAAAGCGUCACUUUAUCAUUUGUCGCGCUUCGACACGAUCGGUGGCUCGUCGAACAAUGGAUUCACGCAUUAUUUUCUUUUUAUAAACAUAGAGAUAUAUAUAUACAGGGUGAACUAUGAAUCGUGAUCAGUAGAGAUUAUUCUGUUACUAACUGUCCAAUCGCAAAUGUUUUUAUCAGGUAUAGCAUGGUUCCAAGAGAGCUCUCGCGUGAUUAUAGAAAACUCUCUUGAAACUAUGCUAUACCUGAUAAACACAUUUUCGAUCUAACUGAUAAUGCUAAUAACAAAGUAAUCUCUAUUGAUCAUGACUCCUGGUUCACCCUGUAUAUAUUUCUUGUUACCUUGUAAAUAUUUUUAACUAAGUACCACCGUAAAUGUACUACCAUUAGUUAUUUCGUAUCGCAAUCUAUAAUUGUAUAAAUCAAAAUUGUAGGGAGCUCGUAUAUCGGGACGUACUUCGUACUUUUUUAAUUGAUCAUUCAGAUGACAUCGUUCCAUUGUCAAUGAGGCCACGAUGAAGCAAACGUGCCGGUCGCGAGAUACACGAUCGUUGUUAAAGUAAUAAACGAAAACGAGCGAUGGGGAUAUUACCUUUAGGAACAAAGCGAUGCGUAUAUCUCUGUUCGUAGUUGCUUCCUCCGGUGAGAAUUCUAUUGGAAAAAUAGCGGAGACCACUUUCCGUGGCUGGAUAAAAGAAUAUAUAUGUACGUACACGCGCGGCUAAUGUUUUUGCGUAAACGUCGAUGCGUUCUAGUUAACGAUAAGCGAUUCUGCUCGUUGCAACGCUCACUGACAAUAAUCGAGUAUAAUUAUUAAAUAUACACAGACACAAAGGACACAUACACACGUUUUUUAGCAUUUUUCCCGGCGUUACUGAAUUCGGCAUUAAAACCACGUGUAUAUGCGUUUCAGAUUUUUUUAUAUUAAACGCCUAGUUGUUGAUUAUCAUUAAAAGGACGGCAAUAAGUAGCGAGAGCGUUGUACGAAUUCAAGCUUGAAUUAAUUUCGAACAUGUGCGUAUUAAAUUGAUUUCGUUUCGGAGAUUGAGAACUGCGUUACUUAUGAAGUGAUUGAAUUUCUGUACACACGUUUAUAAGUUCCUGAAAUUUUAUAAUUCGGAGAUUCUGAAUUAAAUAAUGACUAUUAUCGAUUUCGUCGAAGUCUUGAAUGAAAAUUAAUUAAUCUAUGAUUGACGAAUCGUUCAAAGCUCUGCGUUAGAAUCUACUUUGGUUUAAUAUCGUUACAGUGUCUCAUUCUAUUUUCGGUCAAUCGUCCAGUGGCUGACGAACAGAAGUGUAGAAACGAUUUUGUUACGAUUUCCCGAUUGAUUUUCGUCUGACCACUGACAACACGAAUUCUCGAAGAGCUUACGGAUACAUAGAUACGUAUAAAUCUAUAUUUGUAGAGGUGAACGAAGAAAUUAAUUUUAUAGAAGGCCUUGUCAAUGACAGACUCGCUUCCGAUUCGCAUGCAUCGUAUGCAAAACCGAUGUACGGAUGUAUGACGUUCGAAGUUGUAUACAUAUUUGUAUGUUACAUGUACGUAUGUACGAAACCAAACUUUGUACAUGCCCCUUUCGUUUGUUUCAUUUCUGUGACCUCGUCGAGCGUCGACUAGCGUUCUACGGUUGCCAAUUUUUUAAUCACUCAGCGACCCUCAAAAUAGUGAUUCCUCCUGUUACGAAAGUACAAGUUCAACGUUUUUUCUAAAAAAAUUCGUUCCUUCGAACGAAGUUAUUGUAUUAUUACACUUGUGUACAUGUAUAGAACACAGGUUCUGUAAAGUAUAAAUACUGAAAAUGAAGUAAAUUCGUAAACGCCCAAAGUAUGUACAUUAAUUUUGUUACGUCGAUUCUCUCGUUCAUAAGAAUCCAUCGAUGGGGUCGAUCGAAUCAUUUGCCUGAGGAUCGCUGGACAGGAGUUCGUGUAUGAUGAAGCGCGUCAUCCAGAAAAUUGUUUUACGCAUUGUUACAUUGUAUGCAUAUAUUUUCUUUUCUUUGCCGAGAUUUUAUGCACGUUGUAUAAAUAUAAUAUAAAAGAUAUUUUUGCGUAGAAGGCGAUAGAGACGGCGCGAAGCGUCGCGGGAGAUUUGCGAUUAAACGAUUGCUUUGUCAGUUCUUAGCGACCUUUUUGAUUGUCCAUUAAUGAGAAGCGAACAAAGGUGAAUCCUGUUGCUCGACCGAAAGGCAGGAAAUAAAAAUGUUUGAAGAACGAUUAAACGGAAGUAAUGGUGCACUAUCGAAAAUUCCACGCGUGAGAAACGUGAUAGAACUAUUCUGAUAUUUGUUUGACAAAAGUGGCUGUAGUAAAAGUGUCACAUGUUAUGUUCCCGGUAAGAACGCGUUACAAGCAUCUUCGCGCUCGGCCCUAUUUCCAUUUCUCAAACGCGUUCGAUCCUAUUCCUUUUCUUGGUACGGUGCCUAUCGUUUGAGAGACUCAUCGAGCAUAAAACGCGACGCAUCGUACGCGUCUAAUAGCCAGGAAUUCUUUUUAAUCAAAUAACCGGUAAUCGACGGUGUCCUAUGAUGUACGAUCACCACGAAGGUUCGUCUUAUUUUUGAAUCGCUGCAUCGAAUUCGCAAAAUUUCGAGGGGACAAAGAAAAGGAAGAGACACUCGUUCACGUUUCUCGAUGAUCGAUAUAUUUGUAUAAGUACCUACUAGUACAAGUUGCUAUUAAUUAAACUUACGUCGUAGCUUUGUAAGUGGCCGGUCUUGGGUCUCGGCACACGAGUUCAAGUUUUCAAACAAUGACAAAACAGUGAGGCGUGUGCUUCUCGGUCACGCGGUUAACCGAUGUAAACGUGGAAGAACGGGGGCGAUUAAUAAUAAUCGGGUACAGUUCGCAAAUUAGAAACGAGAAAUAAUUGUAACGGGGAGAUAUCGUAGAGAGGAAAAAUGUAGAGAACACAGGUAGGCGCAACUGACAGCUUUGCUCUAAUUAGGGUCUAACGACGAUGAUUAAACGAGGUAACGAAAAAAUGGUAAAGACGUAAAAACAUUUCAACGUAAACGGGAGAGUUCUUAGAUGACGUCGCCGCGUCCGUUUAAUUACAUCCGAUCCAUUUGAAACUAAAAUGAGAAGAACAAGGAAACAUGCAGUACACGCGAGGGUUUAAACACGACCACCAAAACGUCAAAGUGUAUCAUAUUUCGAGAAAUAUAUGUAUUUGUUAUUGUUUUCAUUGAA